AUGGCAGGUGCAGAGCAGGGAUAUGUGUGUGUUAGUCUAAAUAGCUCGUCUCUUCCCUGCAGUUCAGAUAGUGACCUGGAGGGGGCAGUAGCACAGGUAAUUGACCACCACAACCUGGAAAGAAGCCCCACCCCCUCCUGUCCUCUUACUGUGGAGAUGGUAGGAUCUUGUGCUACCUUGGUAACCGAACACAUCAUCCAGGAAGCUCCACAGAUCCUCGACAAGCAACUCGCUCAGCUGCUCUACGCGGCGGUGGUGUUGGACUGUGUCAACAUGUCUCCUGCUGCAGGUAAAGUGACACCUAAGGACUGUCGGUACGCAUCAGCGCUGGAAAAACUGUUCCCCACUCUGCCACCAAGAGGCGCUCUCUUCUUGGAGCUGCAACGUGCCAAGUUUGACGUCUCAGGUCUGAACACAGAGCAGAUGCUGUUGAAGGACAUGAAAGCAGUUUCAGGAAGUUUGAAUGUUGCCAUCUCUGUUCUCUACAUCCCUCUAGAGAUGUUUUUCCAGACAGUGGCAUUGGACGAGGAGCUUACAGCUUUCUCUCAGAAAUUUGGAUUUGAUUUGCUUCUCUUAAUGACAAUUUCCUUCACUGAGAGCAACGAGCCAAUUAGAGAGUUGGCUGUAUUCAGCCACAGCACCACCUGCAGGGAGCAGGUGUGCCACUAUUUGGAACAGGCCCAUAACCCCACCUUCAACCUCUGUCCAGUCAGUAGCACCCUCUCCCACAUGUCAGCCUAUCAGCAAGGAAACACGUUGGCGUCCCGGAAAAAGCUCCUCCCACUUAUUAAAGACUUCCUAAGUGAGUGGGAUGGAGGCAGUUGCCCUGGAGACGCAGAUGACGAGUGUGUAGUUCCCCCAACGCCCAUGAACAGUCUGGUGGAGGGAUGUCCUCUGGAUGGGUGUCUGCCUCCAAUUAGUGCUCAGGACCUGCAGGACAAGGUCAGCAAGAUGGCGAAUGCUGACCUAUGACCUCGUCACAACGUUGGAGGAAGACAAGGAGGGGGGGACGCCGUGGACAGAACAUUAGAACAGUAAACCUUUCUAUUAAUAAGGAUUUUAAUUGCCGAUUGUUUGGGUUCAUCUGAAGCUGUCCCAGCAGAACCAGGUCCAGUUGUAUCCUAAUGCAUGCUCAAUAAUCCA